AGACAAUCAAACUUUGAAACACACAUUCAGCACCAACAGCCGCCCACUAUGUUCUUCUCGAAGUUUCAGUCGAGCUCCCCCUUUCAGUCGACCUCUCCGGCGCCGCCCCACCCCGACCGACGCCACACGUCCCCUGCGCCGCCUCCAUAUCUCACCCCGUCUAUCUCAACGGCCGACGCAACCACAAAAUAUCAUCUCUGUCGCCUGCCCCCAAAUCUAAAACCCUACUUGAAAUUCAUCUCAUCUGCCGCACAACUGAUGUUCUCCGCCUCCAUCUCCCCGCGCCACCAUAUCUAGCCGACGCUACACGUCCUGGCCUCGCCUCCAUCCCUCACUAAAUCGUCAAUUCCUCAUCACUGAAGUCAGAUUUUGUGAGUUUCACCGGCGUAUUUGGCCUCCUGCCGUGAACUUUCAGGGAAAAAUUUGGCGUCUCUUUCACUGAAGGAAAACCUAGGGGCAGAUUUCUUCUAGGACGCUCUACUCUGCCUUCACACCCUCCUCUCUCUCUUCCGCAUUCUUUUUCAGAUGGAUAUUUUGCAUCAAAAGGUCUUCCCCUGACUUCCAGAGUUCGAUUUUCGAAACAAAAAAAGUUAAGGGUAAAAAGGUUUCUGAAGAUCUUGCUUGGUGCCAGAAAGCCAUUCUGAUGUGAAUCCUUCUGAACUCUUAAGAGGAACUACGAUGAGGCCUGAGAAAGGGAAGAGGGUUUUCUUUUAGAAAAGAAAGCCCAACCUUUGGGAGAAGAAAAUGAAAUUGAUACUAGAGAUGAUAUGUAAGUUAUCAUCAUUAUUUUAAAUUAUAUUCACAUGUUUGAAUUUCAUUACUUCUACUUCAAAGGUUUAAUCAUAUGGUGAACUGUGUGUUGAAGAUGAAUGUGCACAGACCUGUGGGUACUAGGGUUGUAUUUGGUGAUGAAUACAAUACCUUACCACCUCUUGCUCCAAUACUGGAUCAAAUUCGUCAAUCUGGGCCAAAAAAGAUGAGUACAUCCUUCCAAAGAUUGCAAGAUGAGUACAUCCUUCCAAAGAUUGCAGAAAGAAACUUGAGGCAAUUUGCUAACCUUCGUUCGACUUCAUCGGAAUUAGAACUCCGUUUGCCAAUUAAUGAGAUGCCAAUGAAAUGUCCUGUAUCAACGAAAAAUCCAGGGAAGGGACUAUUUUAAGGUUUCAUGGGAAGACAUGGACGGAGUCGAGGCAUCGAUUGUACCGGCUGAUCUUGUGGAGAGGUAUGAUGUGAAUACUUUCUUUUCCAUUUCAAGAUUCUAAAAAUGUCAUAUUGUGGAGUGUGAUCUUGCAGAGUUUGCCCCGAAAAGAUAGUGGAAUUCGAGCAACUAAAAGCUCAGAAGAAGAAGCCCAGUCGUAAAGCAAGACAGAAGAAACAAGGCAUCUGAGGAGAUUGAUAGAAAGCUGCAACAACUGGUAGACAAGAUCGAGAAAGAGAGCAAUCCGGAGAAGAUAAUAGACACCGUUGAAAAUGAUAGGAAGCUGUAGGAACUAAUUAUUUGUUGUUUAUUAUUUUUGUUAUAAAUUUUAUUUUAUUUUAUUAAAAGCCCUUUUUAUAAGGGCUACAAAAUAAUUUUUUUUCUCCACAAA